AUGAGGGCCAGAGCCAGCAGGAUCAUCCUUUUACUGGCGGCGCUCAGCCAUGCGCAAGAGGAUAUUCUCAGCGAUUUCUCUGAUAAAGCGAAAGACAAAAUUGAUGCAUUCACACCAGAUAUGAGCAAGCCCUCUGACGAUUUCAUGGCGAUGAUGAUGGCCAUGGCGAAAGAGAAACUUGGUGAUCAGUUCAAGGGGGCAGCUGCUUGGGGAAUGGGAAGUGGCGGACCUCAGAGUCCUGCUUCUGCUCCGGAAAGCGCUCCCGCUCCGUCAAAGAAAAACAAGAAUAAAGGCGGCAAUAAGGGAAAGAACAAGAAAAACAAAGCUCCACAACGGACAACGACCCCAGAGCCAACAACAACAGAAGCUCCAACAACGACUACAACCACAACAACUACUACAACGACCACUACAACGACCACAACGACUACAACAACAACCACGACUAGCACCACGACUGUUUAUACCACAACAACGGAGGCUGCAAAACGUGAAUUUGGUGGUGGAAUCGACGUUAGUGGAAUUGACAUGUCUGAUUACGCAGUGGAAUUUGACCCAGAGACUGAUGAAGAGUACAAUGCCGUUAUGGCUGCAUAUUAUGAUUACGAAAAUUAUGAAGAGAACUUUGCCUCGUAUGGCAACUACGAUUAUUCUUACGACAACGAUUACGGAUCAUACGAUACCUCUGAGCCAGCUGCUCAUCCAUGCGAUGAUGAGGGUGCUCAUGCUGAUUUCGGCGGAAAUAUGCCACAUACAACCCCUAUGACUGCCAAAGAAAAGGCUGAAUAUGACGCGUACGUCCAAGAAAGCUAUGACGCGCCAGAUGUCUUUAACUCGGCAUAUGAUUAUGACUACGGAUCUCCUGAGGAGGAAUCUAAACUUGCUGGCUUUGAUGAGGGACACGAUGCUGACUUUGGUGGUAAUAUGCCUCACACAACACCAAUGACGGCAAAAGAAAAGGCAGAAUAUGACGAGUACGUCCAGGAAAGUUACGACGCACCUGAUGUAUUCAAUACCGCUUACGACUACGAUUAUGGACCGUCUGAUGUUGAUCCAUGUGAAGCAAAAGAUGUCUGUGAUGCAAACGCAAAAUGUACGGUGACUCGGGAAUCGCCAGCUGUUCCUGUAACGCUGGAUUUACUGGGUGACGGUUCUGUUUGUGAUGAUAUCGACGAAUGCGCUGAUGAGAACGCCAAUCAGUGUGAUGAAAACGCCACUUGCAACAAUACGAUCGGAGGCUACACUUGUGUUUGCGAUGAUAAUUAUAAGGGAAAUGGAAGAAAAUGCGAACUUGUCUUGAUCAACGAAUGUAAAGAUGCGAGCAAAAAUACCUGCGGAAUCCGCCAAAAUUGCAUAGAUCUGCCAAUUGGAUACCGAUGUGACUGCAAACCAGGCUUCGUUCAAGAAGGCGAAAUCUGUGCUGACAUUAAUGAAUGUUCUGACGGAACUUCAACUUGUUCAGAAAAUGAAAAUUGUGUCAACGUUAUUGGAAGCUUUCGAUGCGUCUGUAAAGAUGGCUUCACUUUUGACUCGAACGGUAAUUGUCAGGACGUCAAUGAAUGUAAUGGUGAAAACAACUGCUCGUCAAAUGCACAAUGCACGAAUACUAUCGGAUCUUACUCCUGCAUUUGCAAAGAAGGUUACUCUGGUGAUGGAUCCACUUGUGAAAAUAUUGAUGAGUGCUCUUCGUCUCCAUGCAUGGCGAAUUCAGAAUGCAUUGACACAGAGGGCUCUUAUUUGUGUAACUGCAACAGCGGCGAUUCAUGUCCUGAAAACAGCAACUGUCAGAAUAGUUUCGGAUCGUACAGUUGUUCCUGUAAAGUUGGCUUCCGAGAAACCGCACAAGGAAAAUGCUUUGAUAUAAACGAGUGUGACGAAGAGAACGACUGCCAUUCUAUUGCAACUUGCUCAAAUACAAAAGGAUCUUAUACCUGCGAAUGUCCAUCUGGCUUUUUCGGCGACGGAAAAUCUUGCAACGAUAUCAAUGAGUGCAUGCAAGAAAACGAAUGCUCAGUAAGCGCUACUUGCAUGAAUCGAUUCGGUGAUUACGAGUGCAAAUGUCUGACUGGUUUUGUUGAUGUCUCAACUGAUGGAAACAUUGGAUACGACUGUGUGAAUCUCAAUGAAUGUGAUAUCGUAGACAUUUGUGGAGCGAACUCAUACUGUACUGACACUAUCGGAUCGUAUUUCUGCACUGCUAAUGCGGGAUUCAAGAAACUUGGUGCUAAUUUCGUUGACAUUGAUGAAUGGUUCAAAGGCGACGGUGAGACUUGUGAUGAUGUCGACGAGUGCGCUGGUUCAAUGCAUAAUUGUGGAAGAAAUUCAAUCUGUGUGAAUGAAAAAGGCGGCUACAAUUGCAAAUGUAAGCCUGGCUUCUUCAAAUAUGGACUCCUUCGUGCAGCAGGAGAUUGCCUCGAUAUUGACGAGUGUAUGUACAAGCAAGAUAACUGCGACGAAAAUUCAUCCUGUGUUAAUACAAAGGGUUCUUACGACUGCAUUUGUAAUGAGGGAUUUGUGAUGAAUGGAGAUAAGUGCGUCGAUGUCAAUGAAUGUCUCGAAGGAACUAAUAAUUGUCAUGAAAAUGCUUCUUGCAUGAAUACUUACGGGGGCUUCACCUGCACCUGUAACAACGGUUAUUCUGGUGACGGCGAAACCUGUAAUAACAUCAAUGAAUGCUUGAAGGCAAAGGUCUGUGGCAAUAAUGCCAUUUGCACUGAUCUUGAUGGAAGUUACAGCUGCUCUUGCGAUGAUGGCUUCGAGGGAGAUGGUCAAAACUGUGCUGAUAUCAACGAAUGUAAUACUGGCGAUCAUGAUUGUGACAGUAACGCAUCUUGUACUAACAGUUCUCCUGGAUUUGUGUGUUCUUGUAACGAAGGCUUCAGCGGAAAUGGAAAAACUUGUCGAGAUAUUGACGAAUGCACUGCGAAUACAGAUAAUUGCCAUGCCUCAGCGGAUUGUAAAAACACUGUUGGUUCUUUUGAAUGCAGUUGCAAAACUGGGUUCAGAGGCGAUGGAAUUGAAUGCGAUGACAUUAACGAGCGCUCCGAAGGACUUGAUAAUUGCCACGCCGUCGCAAGAUUUACGAACACAAUCGGAAGCUAUAGCUGUUCUUGUCCCACUGGCUAUGAAGGUGAUGGUUUCUCAUGCUCAGAUAUUGAUGAAUGCCAGUUUUCGCCAUGUUCUGCAGAUGCAACUUGUGACAAUACAGACGGUUCUUAUUUCUGCCACUGCAACUCUGGUUACAUGGGCAACGGAUACGAGUGCAAGGAUAUCGAUGAGUGUAUUCAGACUGAUAUUAGAAAACACAAUUGUGACGACAAUGCCAGAUUCGCUGAUUGUAUCAACAACGGAGGAUCAUACAGUUGCCAAUGUCAAGCCGGUUAUUCUGGAAGUGGCAAAAUCUGUAACAACAUCAACGAGUGUAUCACGGGCGAACACGAUUGCCAUGCUGAUGCGACGUGCUCGGAUACUUCUGGGUCGUACGUCUGUACUUGUAACGCGGGCUUUGAUGGGAAUGGCCAGAGUUGCUCGGACGUCAACGAGUGUGACACUGAAGUUGAUGUCUGUCACGAGGAUGCUAUGUGCCUCAAUACUUUUGGUUCCUACUCAUGUUCUUGCAAAGCUGGCUAUAAAGGAGAUGGAAAGGUUUGCUCGGAUAUUGACGAAUGCAGCAUCAAUUCAUUUUUCUGUCCCAAAAACUCUGACUGCGUCAAUACUGUUGGGUCUUACGAAUGCGCUUGUCUUGGCGGUUACGAAAAGAAAAACGGCAAAUGCGUUGACAUCAAUGAAUGCACCACUGGAUCACAUGAAUGCAGCGACAAGGCAAAUUGUGAUAAUACUGAUGGGUCUCAUACCUGUACUUGCAAAUCCGGCUACACUGGUGACGGUUUCACUUGCAGAGACACAAAUGAGUGCGAAGCUCUAACUCACGAAUGCAGCCCAGACGCUUCUUGUGAGAACUCUAUCGGAUCAUAUUACUGCUCUUGCUCAGCUGGCUUUGAAGGAAAUGGAUUCAUGUGCUCUGACGUCAAUGAGUGCGCUACUGGUGAAAAUAAUUGCGCGGCAAAUGCAGAGUGCAUCAAUAUUCACGGUUCGUUUGAGUGCGACUGCAUGGACGGCUUUGAAGGAGACGGAAUCGAAUGCUCGGAUAUCAACGAAUGCGACGCUAAUUUAUGCGAUGAAAACGCAUCCUGUUCUAAUACCGUAGGCAGUUUCACUUGUUCCUGUAACGAAGGAUACGAUGGAAGUGGACUCAGCUGUUUUGAUGAUGAUGAAUGUCUUCAGGGCUCACAUAACUGUCAGAAACUUACAUCUUGUGUCAACACAGAUGGAUCAUUUAAAUGCGAAUGUUCUGAGGGAUUCUUCGGAAAUCCUGAAAAUUGCAGAGAUGUUGAUGAAUGUAGCAGCGGCACCCAUGAUUGCGAUGUUGCGUGUUUCAAUACUUUUGGCUCGUACAGUUGCGAUGACAAAGAUGAGUGCAAAAUGGGUCUACAUGAUUGUUCCGAGCACGCUACCUGCGACAAUUCUCAGGGAUCAUUCACCUGUACUUGCAAAUCUGGCUUUGUCGGUGACGGAAAGAGCUGCGACAAUGUCAACGAAUGCGCUUUGAACUUAGACGACUGUCAUACGAAUGCGAAGUGCACCGAUUUGGAAGGCUCUUUUAGCUGCAAGUGCAAUUCUGGAUACUCUGGAAACGGGCUUUCUUGCGUUGAUAUUAAUGAAUGCGCUUCUCCAUCGACUUGUGGAUCGCAUGCGACAUGCAAAAACACUAUCGGAAGUCAUGAGUGCAUUUGCGAUUCUGGCUUCAGAAUCUGCCAAUGCAAAUCUGGAUUCGAUGGCGAUGGUAAAAAUUGCCUCGAUGUCGACGAAUGCACGUUUGAUCCUUGUGAUGAAAACGCUUCUUGCACAAAUUCAGUUGGUUCAUAUUCGUGUACCUGCAGAGAUGGUUUUACCGGUGACGGGCAACACUGCACCGACAUCAAUGAAUGUGGCAACGGUAGUAUCUGUGGCCAGAGAGACUGCCAUAAUACUUUCGGCUCGUACAUUUGUCACUGCAAACCUGGAUUCAUGGAAACUGGUGAUCAGUGCAGAGAUAUUGACGAAUGUAGUAACGGCGAUCAUCGAUGUGAUGUCAAUGCUGCCUGUGUGAAUACUAACGGUGGAUACGAAUGUAACUGCAGAUCAGGCUAUGCCGGUUCAGGCGAAAUAUGUACUGAUAUUGACGAAUGUGAAUCUGGAGAAAACUCAUGCUCCCAAAUGGCUUCUUGCAAUAAUCUUCAGGGAGGAUAUGAAUGUUCUUGUCUUCCAGGACUUGAAGGUGACGGCUUUUUCUGCAAUGAUAUCGAUGAAUGCUCGACUAAAACAAGUGACUGCGGCAAAAACUUCGACUGCCAAAACACAAAAGAUGGUUUUGUCCUCGAUGACGGAAAAUGUAACGACAUCAAUGAGUGUGAGAACAACCCCUGCUCGGCUCAUGCUAGCUGCACGAAUUCCGCGGGUUCAUAUUCGUGUCUUUGUGAUGAUGGAUUCUCCGGUAAUGGCGUUUACUGCGAGGACAUAAACGAGUGUGAGAACGGGCAAAACAAAUGUGGCGAGAAUUCUCAGUGUGUCAAUACUGCUGGUGGAUAUGACUGCCAGUGCGAUGAUGGAUACCAAAAACUUGGCGCUCUUCAGUGUAUCGACAUUGAUGAGUGUGACGAAGCACAAAGUGACUGUAGUCCAAACGCUGUCUGUAACAAUUCUCCAGGUUCUUUCUCUUGCACCUGCAUGAGUGGUUUCAUUGGCAAUGGACAAUCUUGUGACAACGUUAACGACAUCUGUUCCGAUACGGUUGGAUCCUACGAGUGCUCCUGCGUUGACGGAUACGAGCUCGUCGAUGGAAAAUGUACCGAUAUUGACGAAUGCAAGAUCGAAAAUAUCUGCAACGGGAAUGAUUGUUUCAAUACUCCUGGAUCACAUGACUGCAUUUGCCCCGAUGGAACUAUUGGAAAUGGAAUAGAAUGUGUCGACAUCAAUGAGUGCGAAGAGAAUCCAUGUGACGCCAAGGCUAUUUGUAAAAAUACAAGCCCUGGAUUUGAGUGUGCUUGUAAACCAGGGUUCACUGGAAAUGGAUUGACAUGUUCAGAUAUUGACGAGUGCUCUCUAGCUGAUGCUUGCCCAGAUAAUAGCGUGUGUACUAAUACUGUUGGAUCCUUCGACUGCAGCUGUGAUGCUGGCUUCGAAAUGAUCGCUGGAGUAUGUCAAGAUAUCAAUGAGUGUGACGAAGGUUUUGCUGACUGCAAGUGCACGUGUAAAGACGGCUUUGCCGACAGUGGAAAUGAUGGUGAUUUCUGCGUUGAUGUCAAUGAAUGCGAUGAAAAUCCAUGCGCUGAGUUUGCUCAGUGUACUAAUACCAUCGGUUCUUAUUCUUGCUCUUGUCUCGUCGGAUACUCUGGCGAUGGAGUAACCAAGUGCAAACCAACUGGAAAGUGUGCGACCAAAAAGGCUGAUUGUCAUAAAUCCGCAUAUUGCGUCGAUUUGAACGAUAAGGAUUUCGAAUGCAGAUGCGUUGACGGUCUUGAAAUGGACAAGAAGGGCGGACGAUCUUGUCAUUCAAAAGGUGGAAGUUGUGAAAAUAGACUCGGAGGAUUUGAACUCACUUGCGAAGAAGGUCAUGAGCUUGUCGACUCGAAAUGUGUUGACAUCGAUGAAUGCGAAGAAGAAGAUUCGUGUCAUAAACUUGCUCAGUGCAAAAAUAGAGACGGAUAUUAUAAAUGCAAGUGUCCAGACGGAUACGAAGGUGAUGGGUUUAAAAAUUGUGAUGACAUUGAUGAGUGCGCUAACAAUCCAUGUGGCGACAAUUCAGACUGUACCAACACUCCUGGAUCUUAUGAAUGCUCGUGUUCUGCGGGAUACGAGUCUGUUUCAGGCGAAUGCAUGGAUAUUAAUGAGUGCUCACAAGAUAAAAAUAUCUGUGGCAAAAAUAGCAUUUGCAAAAACACUGACGGUAGCUACGCGUGCAUUUGCGUCUCCGGAUACAUUAUGGUUGAUGGUAAAUGCAAAGAUCAAGAUGAGUGCAGCACGUCUCAGCAUAAAUGCCACCCUGAAGCAGAAUGCAUAAAUACUGUUGGCAACUACAUCUGUAACUGCAAACGAGGCCUUCGAGGAAAUGGUUAUUCAUGCCAGGAUAUUGAUGAGUGUGCUCUUGGUCAGGAAUUUAAGAAUGGAAGAUGCGAAGAUCUUGAUGAAUGUCAAUCUUUCGAUCAUGAGUGCCAUCAAUAUGCUAUUUGCACGAAUACUAUCGGCUCUUACUCGUGCCUGUGUCCAGAUGGCUUUGAGGGAGAUGGUCUCAAUUGUGAAGAUAUCAACGAAUGUGAUCUCACGACUUCAUGUUUGGGAGACAAUCAAAUUUGCGUCAACUUGCCUGGAUCGUACCAGUGCCAAUGCGAGGAAGGCUACGAGAUGUUUGGUGGCAAAUGUGUGGAUAUCGACGAAUGCGCACUUGCUCUUGAUGAUGAUUGCCGGCAUGAUGACAUCUAUCAAGUGCUGUGCGUCAAUAUUCCUGGCUCCUACACAUGUCAGUGCCGAGAAGGCCUUGAAGAGAGCUUUGUCGAGGUUGACGAAAAGCAGAUUCUUUCAUGUUAUGAUCCAACUGACGAAGCUGAGCGAACUGAAGACUUCGACAAGAUCUCAAGUGCUAACUCUGAAGAUGCCUCCGAUGACUGGCUUGAUAAUUUGAUCGACCUUGAGCUCGGUGAACUUGACGAGCUUGUUUCGGGACUUGAUGAUGAUGCUGUAUCUGUUCUUCCUCCUCGACCAGUCCGCCGUGGAAAGAAGAAAUCUGAAUCUCGUAAAGAAUACAGAGAAUACCUUGAGAAAUACCGAGAGAUGCUCAGUAGAUGGAGAGAGCUUCUCCAAGAGAUGAACUUUGAGUUCCCAGAUUAUACGACAACGACUAUUGCGACUACCAUUGCUUUUGAAACGACUAUUAUCACAACAACAGGGGACUACACAACUAAUCUCUCGCCUACAGUCGAUUACACGACAACUGAAGGUUACGCUACAACAACUCGAGAGCCAUUUACAAUGCCAAUGCCAACACUGAACCUUCCACCGCAGCCGACAAGAAGACCAAAGUAUGCUGGAGAAUCUCCGAGCCGAUACAGCUCUUAUUUGAAUGAGUUUUCUCAAAAACUUCAACAAUGGAUGGCGGCAAAGCAAGAAGCUGAGCUCAAAUACCAAGAAGAUAUGCAGGUUUACUAUCAUGCACAGAUCGAACCAGACGAAAAGGAAUCAUUCGUGUUUGAAUUUGAUACGGGAAUCAUCGCUCCUCCUGAUGACCUUCAGCCGCCAUUCCUCCCACCUAAAUUCCAAAUGCGCCCUCAGAGACCUAACGAACCACAUUAUCAAUACGAGCAUUACAAAAUGCUUUUCAACAACCGUUUGAAAAUCCAGCAGCAACGAAUCGAUGCUACUAUGGAUAUUUAUCUCAGAGCAGUUCUCGAUUACGAGCGAGAUCAUGGCGUGCAGAUCGAUUUCAAUCCAACCGAAUACAAGAAUUCCAGAGGAUAUCAGAUCUUCACCACUCGAGUACCAUACACAACGACUACAACUACAACGACGACUACAACGACAACUACAACAACCCGCAAACCUAUCGGCGAUAUCAAAUUCGAAAAACUUCCAAAACAACCCGAUUUCCAACAAAUUCACUACAACUAUGGCGCCAUCCAAGCAUGGAAGGAGGAUAUCAAGGCUCAAGCGCAAGGAAUCUACGAUCUCGUUGCAGAGAAAGUCUCUUACAUGAUCAACGAUGAGCUUGCAAAGACAGAGGAUAGAUUUGUUCCUAUUAAACCAGAGCAGAUCAAUUUCCCGUCCAUGCCAGUUAUCCGAGAUAUUGCACCGAUUGAAGCCGCACUUCAAUAUGGAAAUUACUUGAGCGCUAUGGCACAGGAAGUCGAGCAGUGGUACACUGAGUUCUAUUUCACUUAUGAAGACUUUGAUCAGAAGUGGAAGCAGAUGAUGCCAGUUGCAGAGGAAGAAGACUUCAAUACAGGAUCUGUUUCGCCUAUUCACAAGGAUGCUGUGUCAUUCUUCACCGACAAUUACGUCAACAACGCUCCUGAAUUUGACUCUUCAUUCUCAUCCUCGUUCUCUGAAAAUCGACCAGCAUUUGAGACAUCUGACGAUGACUUCCGCGGAACCGGAUUUGACUUCAACGAAGAUCGAACUGAGGCUUUCGACUCGCCAGAAUGGGUCACAUCGAUCAAACCAUUCGAGGCUCUUGGAGUUGAGUCUGAACACAAUGUCCGAGCAAACUGGGGCAAGCAACGAGCUGUUAUUCUCAUGGACGAUGACGAUAUGGAAUAUGACCGUGGAACAUUCUACGAGCGAGACCCAGAUACUGGCAAGAUCAUUAUCGAUGAGCUCGAACCAUCUCAGCAUAAAUGGGCCUUCCCGCGUUUUGCUGAGCGAACUGGCGAGCCACAGACAAGCUGCUGGAGCUGUGUCAAUGCCAAAACUUACGAAGAAUGCAGAUCUCAGGGUAAGGAACAAUUCUGCGCCAAGGAACAGGACUCAUGCUUCAUCACUACGCAAAAGAACUUUAUGAAUAUGUCUGCCUUCGAAGACGAAGUUUAUCUCGACGGAAAUGUUUAUUCCGGCCCAGAUAACCUUAAACCAGAUCCAGAUAACCCAGCUUUCCAGGUCGUCACAAUCAAUAUGGGUUGCAAGGCUGCUGUUGCUUGCUACAAUAAUAAAAAGCAGAACUUCCUCGUUCGAGCAGCCCAACAAUGUUUCCCAUCUUUGCGAACCACGUCCACUUGUCAUCAAUGCUGUCAUACAAACAACUGCAACAAAGACAUGGACCCGUCUGACGAAGCGGGCUGGGUUACCGACCAUGAAGGAUCAGAAGACUUUAUUGGAAUAUACUUCUCAGAUGAAAAUUAA